ACGCAACGCAACGUCAAACGUCACUAAAGUCGCUUUGCUAGAGCACAGAGAAAUAUUUAUGGGUUUAUGAAUUCAUGAAAAAGGAGAACAGUAAAUUACUUUCUAUUAGGUACUUUAUCUUUACGUUUUCCUUCACUUUGAAAUGUCUUUGUACGACGAUGUCGAUACUAUCAAAGCAAGGACCACUGAAAAAGUGGCCGGUUGGUCCUCGGGUAUAAAACUUUUGCAGUCACAACUACAACUCAAAAAAGCUGCCAUAACACAACCGAAAAGGGAAGCCGCACGAAGGUCUGCACAAGUUUUAACACCAGUAAUUGAUUUGAAGAGUAAACCAAAAGAUGAAGAUGAGUCAAAUUCAAAUAGCCCACAGAUGCAAACCAAAACACUCACUUCUUUAAAUGUUAGAGAUUUUGAUUGGAAUGUAGCUAAUGAAUAUGACCCUAUGUGGCCUAAUGAUUAUGAAAAGGUUGCUAAAGAAAUGCAAGCUAAACGGCUACAGUCAGAUGGAAAUGACAGGAGUGAUAGGUCCGAUAGGAAAAGAAAAAGUAGAUUUGGGGAUGAUGAAGACACUAUUCCAGAAAAAACUCUUAUUCCUAUGCAACCUGAGGAAGAAGAAGCCGAGGAGAUAACAAAACGUUCAGUGGGUGCAGCUAUAGCUCCUCCACCAUCACUCACAGCAGAGUCUGUGUCACCACCACCACCCGCAGCUCCCGUGGCUCCCACACCAUCUCCUGGAUUCUCAUUAGGAGGAUAUGGAGCUAGUUCCAUUGCUGCAAAAAUAAUGGCUAAAUAUGGCUUUAAGGAAGGUCAAGGCUUGGGUAAAAAAGAACAAGGAAUGUCAGUGGCUUUACAAGUGGAGAAAACUUCAAAACGAGGCGGUCGUAUUAUACACGAAAAGGACAGCAAUGUUAUGCCACCUCCUGGGUUUGCUGUACCGGCACUGCCUGGUCCAGAUUCACCUAAUUCAUCAAGUCAAAAUAAGCAAGAGCCAUCUAUUACUGAGAUAAUGAAAUCGCCAAGUAAAGUGGUCUUAUUGAGAAACAUGGUUGGCCCUGGAGAUGUAGAUGAAGAACUAGAGCCAGAGGUUAAAGAUGAAUGUAACACAAAGUAUGGUGAUGUUAUCAAAGUUUUAAUUUUUGAACUACCAAAUGCCCCUCCUGAUGAAGCUGUAAGAAUAUUUGUAGAGUUCAAGCGUAUUGAGAGUGCUAUAAAAGCAGUGGUAGACUUGAAUGGCCGAUUCUUUGGCGGUAGACAAGUCAAAGCUGGUUUUUACGAUGUAGAGAAAUUUAAUUCUUUGAAGUUGACUGAAUAAACCUAUAUUGUAUACA